GCGGUAACUACGCAGUUACCAUGGAGCCGUGCUGAGUUACGCUGAGGUGGAAGGACGCCGAGGCUGCCCGGGAAGCUGCUGCGGGAAACAAUUCCUGAGCUCAAAUGAAUGAACCUCUAAUGGUGGAAUUUCAGGCAUCAAUGGCAGGCUGAACCUGGACUCCCAGGGCCCAUGCUUACACCUGACCAAUGAUGGCCUGAACUAUGAGCAAACAGGACCCGGUGAACACGUCGGUGCAGGAGCCCCCUCUUGACUACUCCUUCCGAAGCAUCCACGUCAUCCAAGAUAUGAUAAGCGAGGAGCCAAGGGCAGGCCUACGACCACUAAAGCACUCCAAGUCGGGGAAGUCACUGACCCAGGCCCUGUGGCUGAAAAACAAUGUCCUCAAUGACCUAAAAGACUUCAAUCAGGUGGUUUCGCAGGUGAUAGAGCAUCCCGAGAACCUGGCCUGGAUCGACCUGUCCUUCAACGACCUAACCUCCAUUGACCCAAUUCUGACAACUUUCUUCAACCUGAGCGUCCUCUAUCUCCAUGGCAACAGCAUCCACCGCCUGGGAGAAGUGAAUAAACUUGCUGUCCUCCCUCGGCUACGGAGCCUAACGCUCCAUGGGAACCCCAUUGAGGAAGAGAAGGGCUACAGCCCCCAGCCCGGGUCUUCCCCACAGGCAAUAUGUGCUAUGCACCCUGCCCCGAAUUACCACGUUCGACUUCAGCGGGGUCACCAAAGCCGACCGUGUCACUGCUGAAGUAUGGAAGAGCAUGAACAUCAAGCCCAAGAAGGUCCGAGUCAAACACAAUCCGCUCUGAGGUUACCAUGACCCCAGCAGUGCUCAAGGCCUGAGUGUGGUUGGAUAAUAAAGAUUUUGAACUGUUCUGCAUAAUGUCACUUGUGUCAUGUACACAUGUCUUCUGCCCAUGGCUCUGGUGUUGCUUGAAGAGGGAGGCAGUGGUGAGACAGGCAAAGGUGCACUGGCCUGAACUCAAAUAGGCCUGGGUUAGCUGCACGGCCUGGGGAACAAAUCCCACCUCUCUGGUCUCUUCCUGAGACCGUAGCUCGGAGAGCCCAGGACCAGCAAGUGAU